UCCUGACUGGUAUUUACUUUCUGUGCUGGCGUGGAGUCCCGUCGCCGCGGGUGGGAAUGAGCAGCGCGUGUCUGAAGGGGCAACAUGACGCUGCUAGACGAGAGCAUCUGGUCGCUGUUCAUGCGCCACUUGCAGCAAACUCUCACCUACUGGAGCGUGUUCUUCAGCUUCGGCUUGUGCAUCGCCUUCCUGGGACCCACCAUCCUGGACCUGAGGUGUCAGACCCAGUCCACCCUGCAGCAGAUCACCUGGGUCUUCUUCUCCAGCAGUUUUUCCUGCUGGUGUGGCAGCAGCGUGGGAGGACUUUUUUAAGAGCACGCCCAUGUGCUCCCUCUCUGCACUCUUCUCAUCCACCCUCAUCAUCUCACUCGUGUUUGCCAUCAUACCAUUAUGUCACCAUGUGGUGCUGCUGUCCGUCGCCAUGGCGCUGGCUGGGCAAGCCAUGGGGAUCAUAGACACCAUCGCUAACCGACAGCUGGUGACACUGUACCAGAAGGACUCGGCCAUCAUCUUGCAGGCUUUGCAUUUCUUUAUAGGUCUGGGAGCACUGGUCAGUCCACUGGUGGCUGAUCCAUUCCUGGCAGACGACAGCUGUGUCCUGGGAGCCAACUGGACCGCCAACUCAUCCUUUUCCUUGGAUCUACAGCACCUCCGUGAAAGCCUGGCCGGGCAUGGAGCCGUACUGCAGAAUACCUCCCAAUAUCCACUGUUCACUGAGGGUGUGGUCAUCACUAGGGUGGCGUACGCCUUCUGGAUCAUGGCUCUUAUCAAUCUUCCUGUGCCGGCAGCAGUGCUAGCAUUAAUGUACCACCAGAGACUCCUGCCUUGCUCCAGCAGCAGCCCCCGCCUGCUCGACAAAGAGUCCCAGUCCAGUUCAAACCCUGCAGGAGACGGUGGACAAGGACAUGGAAAUGUCUUCAGUUGCUGUAAUCCCUCCAAACUCCAAGGUCACUCGGCUACUUUCUUCAUCCUCCAUGUGCUGGGCGGAGCCAUCGUCUUCAUGACUGAUGGAAUCAUAGGCUCCUACGCUGGCUUCAUCUACACCUACGCUGUGUCCCCUCCCCUGCUGAUGAGCCAUAAGGCAGCCGGCUGUCUGGACAGCGUAUUUUGGGCUUCGAUCACAGCAGGAAGAGUGGUUUUCAUCGGCUUCUCCUACAGAUACACAGUACCACUGCUACUCACCCUUAGUCUGGUGGGGGUCAUUCUGGUCCAGUGCCUGUUGCUGUUCUUCUACACCAGCUGUGUCUUUCUCUUCAUCGGCACCUGUUUGUUGGGACUUUCCAUCAGCAGCGUGUUUCCCUUCAUGUUGGCCUUCACCGAGGACAUGUUCAACUACAGAGGUUGUGCUACAACAGUCCUGGUGACGAGUGCCAGCACAGGAGAGAUGAUGCUGCAGCUGCUUGUUGGAUCAGUGAUCCACAGUCAGGGCAGUUACUCCUUCCUGUUGUGUUCCACAAUAACAUCCUUCAUCAGCUUCGCCCUCUUCCUGCUGCUGCUCUACAUCCACCAUGUCCACACAGAUUCUUCUGAAUGUGUGGACAUGACGGAGAAGUCAAAGACGGGAGUCUCCUGAUCUUCAGACGCCAGAGGGGACGUCAGUGGAGGACAAGCUUCAGUCUUCAAGCUCCAGCUGGGAUCGAACGUUUGGCCUCCUCUCCAGCAGCUCGGCCACGUCUCAGUCGUCAUGUUCCCACCGCCCGUCGUCCUCUCCCCAGAAAUCUGACUUGAAUCGUCUUUGGUCUCCUGCUGUCAUUUCUUGAUAAACUUUAGAGGCACACAAACUGAGACACGUUCACGUUUAUUUAUAAGCUUUUUAUUAUUCUUGGUCUCGUUUAACCUUCCUGUUCUCACACAUGAAAAUGCCACUUAAGACGAAGCAGCUUGUAAACAUUUGAAGAAGCAUCGACGAACUGGACACAAACAGAAUAGUUUUUUAAAACAUCUUUACAUUUUAAGAGAAGUGGAGCAGAAAAUAUGGAAGCCCAUCCCGCCACCAGGAAAUUAAACUCCACAAAGAUUUCAAUCAGAUUAACAUGAUAAAAUUCAGACUUUGUGCAUUUCUUCCAGAGGGAUGAGACAAAUGUUGGUCUGGAGGUCACUAACCUUUUAUCUCCCAGUUUACUUUUCUCUCAUAAUUACCAUGAACUUCGUAAGGAUUUUUAAUUUCCAUGAGGUGGGAAUGGGCUUCCAUCUCGGAGAAUAAACAAGAAGAAACAUAAAGGACGAGUCCUAGAGGACCUCAUGGAGAUAA